CAGAAAACUACCCGUCCCAAAUAACUGAAAUCUGCAUACUGUUCCGCAGCUUGCGGCCAGCUCCUGUAUUGAGUCUGAGCACGGGCUCUGUGAGGAUAUUGUGGAUAGGGAACCAAAUCGCAGGGGCACCCUGAGGUUCUUAUGUCCCUCGGGACAAUAUAUCGGGGGAGAUGACAAGAUUCAAGCAGCCCCAUUCACAGCCCGAGGGUAAAUUCAAGUCGAAGAGGGAGAGGCUCCCGAACAAUCCUCUGGUUAGGGGGGUCUACGAGUUCUGCAAAGGGUUACAGGAGCAUCGCGCGGAAAUUGCGACUACCACAGAGGACGGCUCGACUUUCGUUCUGGGCUCCCAGGAUGGCGAACAGGAGGAACCGCCAUCGGCUCCCACAGCCCUGGCUACCGCGGACAUGCCAAAGCGGUAUACACUGUACCCGCCGCUCCUCCUCCUCCCGCCCAACUUCACAACGCAAAACCCGCGGUGGACGGCGUUCUACCAUGCGCUUGGGGAGAGCGACAGGACGGAGCUAUUUCGAUGCAUCGCUGGAGCGGGGUUCAAGGGCAUGGGGAUUUCGCGGGUCGCUAUCAAUGCGCCUAUUGCGGCCGAGGUCGACCCGGGAGGCGACGGCGCCGACGGUGUCGAAGAUGUCGCCGGCUCCGUAGAAUCCGCGAACCGCGAAGCCACGCCCAAGGAACAAAACGCCCUCCGCUCUCCCUCAGGUCUGGUCCCCAUGUACGGCGACUGGGCCCCCGUGGCCGAUGACCGACAGCGUCGAGGCAGGAUUCUUCACCCCACGGCCAAGGACUUCGACGAGGCUUUCUGGGCGUCCACGUCGCAACACCAGGGGGUCGUGCAGUGCUGGGCCCCGCUGUACACGAUGUUCAGUCGGGGCAACAUCUCCGAGAAGGCGCGGAUCUUGGGGCUGCAGUCCCAUUUCCCCGGCCUUGACGAGCCUGAGUUGAACCCCCAACGGAUUGGCGAGGUCGAUGUGGUCGAUCUCUACGUCGGCAUCGGCUACUUUGCGUUUUGCUAUCUUUUCAGAGGCGUGCGCCGGGUUUAUGGCUGGGAUAUCAACCCGUGGAGCAUCGAAGGGUUGAGGAGGGGAUGUGAGCGAAACGGAUGGAGGUGUCUGGUAGUCAGGGUUGGUGAAGACGGCAGCCUGCAUGGGCAGGGAGGCGCCAGGGAACUGGCGGAGGAGAUUGCAAGGGGCGAUCACACGGGCGACAAGGAAGCAAUCGUCCGAUGCGUAGCCUUCCUCGGGGAUAACAAGUGGACGUGCAAGGUCCUCAAGGAGAUGCAAUAUGAACACGAAAGAGUUGACAACGAGGAGGGAAGGACAGGGCUGCGGUUCAAUAUCAGACAUGCGAACCUUGGGCUCCUGCCUUCUGCGAUAGCUAGCUGGGAGAAUGCUGUCAAGGCGGUAACAACCUUCAGCGAAGGCGGAACAGGUGGAUGGUUGCAUGUUCAUGAGAACGUCGAUGUCCGGGAGAUCGAUGUGAUGUCCGGGAAAAUUGUGGGCGAAGUCGACGGACUGAUACGGCAAAGAGUUCGAUGUCCGUACGCAGCUUCUGGCGCACAUGUUGAGCAAGUCAAGACAUAUGCGCCCGGCGUUAUGCAUUGUGUAUUUGAUAUUGAGAUCAAGCCCAAUGGCUGAUGUCCUUCGCCUUCC